CGGCCCCUGAACGCAGCGCGCCUCGGAUAGCGGGGCAGAGCGCAGUUCAAAGGCGGUUGUGUAAUUAGUGGGUGAACGGGGAAGCGGAGUGUGCGCAGAGCAGCCGCCGCUCGAGCCGGACUCGCACCGCUGCAGUGGAGCUUCUUCCCGCACAGGAGUCAGCAGUGAUGGACUUCCGUGUUGGACAAACCUUAAUGGUGGCAGCAGUCGUUGUGGUCGUCCCAGUCGUCGCCUUCGGCGCCUUCUUCAUGUUCUGGCCUGGAGCUCUCAUCAAAGCCUACAACUGGUACGUCCGGCGCAGGCUGGGGCUGCUGGUCCGCUACUCCUACAGCGGAAGCUACCGCUUCUGCUACUCCAGCCGUGGGACGCCUCAGGGCCCCACGCCGUCGCUGCUGCUGCUGCACGGCUUCUCUGCCAGCAAGGACAUGUGGCUGCCCGUGGUCAAGCACCUCCCCAGAGACCAGCAUGUGGUGUGUGUGGACAUGCCGGGCCACGAGGGGACGUGUCGCACCGGGGCCAACGACUACAGCAUCAAAGGCCAGGUCGCCCGAAUCCACCAGUUCGUGCAGAGCAUUGGUCUGGAUAGAAGACCCUUCCAUCUGGUUGGGACGUCGAUGGGUGGGAACGUGGCAGGAGUGUAUGCUGCCACCUACCCCUCCUCUCUGUGCAGCAUCACCCUGAUGUGCCCGGCAGGUCUGAUUUACCCCAAAGACUCUGAGUUCGUCAGUCGACUGAAGGAGCUGGAGAAAACGCAGCAGGAAGACUCGAUCCCUCUGAUUCCCAGCUCUCUGCCGCAGCUGGAGGACAUGCUGAGACUCUGCUGCCACAACCCUCUGAACCUGCCCCGACAGGUCCUGAAGGGUCUGCUGGACAACAGGAUGCCCAACAAUGGUUUCUACAAAGAAUUGUUUAUGGAAAUCGUCGAGGAGAAGUCUCGCCUAGCGCUGCAGGAGCACAUGCAUCUGAUCACGUCACCGCUGCAGAUCAUCUGGGGACGAGAAGACCGGGUGCUGGACGUCUCGGGGGCGGCUGUGCUGCAGGCGGCGGUGCCAGGCUCCAGGCUGGAGCUGCUGGAGCACUGUGGCCACUCUGUGUCGCUGGAGCGGCCCAGAAAGGCCGCCAACCUCAUCAUGGACUUUAUAGCUGCGCAGGGAUUCAAUACAGGGGAAGCUAAGAAACGUUCCUGAACAAAAGGCUGUAGCUGUGCUAAUGGAUGUGUUCAGGAAAGAUGAGGAGCAGAGGCUCAAUGAAGAUAAUGAUGCACUUUAACAGCUGUAACCUGUUCUGAACCCGCACAAUGUUGAAAAGAAACUAAAGCAGUCAACAUGAUGUACUUUAAACAUUCAUUCAGAUUUAACUGUAUUUAGGUUUCUCAUUUCAUUUGAAUGAAGGUGUUAUUGUCUUCUGCUGUGAUCUGACUGAACAUUUAACUUCACAAUGCACAAAUAAUACAUUCUGAGUAAGACGUG